AAGGGUUGUAAAGAUUCUAAAAAGAAGGUGAAAAUUGUAAGAUUUAUGAGACAAGUAUAUAAAAUCUUCCCUGAGUUCUCAGUAAUAUAAUAAUAUUUAGCUAACCUUAGAAAUUUUGAACUGAUGUUUCUAACUAACAAUGCACGCUUUUGAAAAGGGGUAAAAGGGGGAGGACUCAAGAGGUGUUACACCAAUCAGGGGCAUUAACCUAGCGCACUCUCACCAAAGCUCAGUAUUUCCUAUGCUAUCCAAAGACAAUCAAUUAUCCGACAUUCUUUUUUCUUACUUCCGAAACAUAUCGAAGCGGGUACACCAACAUAUGUCCUACGUACUCCGGCGGAAAAUAACGUGUUAAUUCACACUGUAUACACUGUGCAUUGAACCAUCACAUCAUCAUCAGCGAUGCCCCACAAUUCCCGCGCCGGAAAAAGUCAAUAAAGUCAUCGGUGGUCGCUUCCUAACAUCGCAUCACCUGUUAAUCGGCCGUCCCCUCUCCAUCUCUCCCUCGCCUUUCCCGACCCAGAAUCCAACAACCAACCAUAAUGGCGCCUCCGGAGAUCACCGUCAAGGACCUGACGUACACCUUCCCCGACUACCGGACAGGUAUCCGCGGCGUGUCCCUCAGCGUGCCGCCGCGCAGCCGCACGCUGCUGAUCGGCGCCAACGGCGCCGGCAAGACGACGCUGCUGCGGCUGCUCGCGGGCAAGCGGCUCGCGCCCGGGAACAGCAUCAGCGUGUCGGGCGUGGACCCGUUCAAGGAGGGGCUCGAGGGCGUCACGUACCUGGGGCUGGAGUGGGUGCUGAACCCGAUCGUGCGCACCGACAUCGGCGUCGCCGAGCUGCUGCGCUCCGUCGGCGGCGACGCGUACCCGGACAGGCGCGACGAGCUGCUCGGGGUAUUGGACAUCGACGUCGCGUGGCGCAUGCACGCCGUCAGCGACGGCGAGCGCCGGCGCGUGCAGCUCGCCAUGGGGCUCGUCCGCCCCUGGACCGUGCUGCUGCUCGACGAGAUCACCGUCGACCUCGACGUGCUGAGCCGCGCCGAGUUUUUGGGCUGGCUGAAGCACGAGACCGAGAUCCGCGAGUGCACGAUCGUGUACGCGACGCACAUCCUCGACAACCUGGCCGGCUGGCCCACGCACCUCGUGCACAUGCACCUCGGCACGGUGCGGGAGUGGGGGCCCGCCGAGCGGUUCCUGGGCCAGGCGACGGGGCAGAGCACGGGGAAUAGUCGGUUGGGGGAACUGGUGCUGGGGUGGCUGAGGGCGGACUUGAAGGAUCGCGGGCCGAGGAACCAGCAGAAGAUGGGGACGGAGGGACUGACGUAUUCACAGGGUGGUCUUGGAGGUUACGGGCUUGAGAGCAGCGAGUCGAAACAGAAGAUUGGGUUUGGUGGGGGUUCUUAGGGCGGGGUUGAGCAAGAGUUGUGGAUGCGCGUUAUCAGAGAUGAUGCACUUAACUUGCAUGGUGUGGCACUCUUUCAACAUUUAGAAGUUGUGAUGAUGGGCAUUCAUGGCGGGAAAAGGGGCGUUUUGGUCUGAAACGGAAUAAAUGAACUAGCAUUAAUGAUGGAAGCACUCGAAAGUAGCAUUGGGAAGCUCCUUGUUAUUUAGAAGAUACCCUUUCAACAGGAUAGACCUGAGCAUCUAUAAGGAUUGAAUAAAGUCCAACGAAGU